CGGUUCUGCUCGGGGCGCUCUCGUUUUCUUCUGGUUGCUUUCUCUGCUUUGUGCGUCUUUUUCCCUUUGUUUUUUCUUUUCUUGCGUUCUCCGCUCGAGCUGUUAGCGCCGCUCCGUUUUGUGGCAGCGCUGAGCAGGGCGCGCUCCCUCAGCGGCUGUGCCGUUGUUGUGCGGCCCUCCGGCUGGAAGGAAAACACGGGAAACGUUUCGUCUUGUGUUAAGGGGGGUAAUUAAAGGUUCGGUCGUUGCUUUCUGUAGAAGCCUCCUACGUGAGCUGUUAUCACGACCUUAGUGACGGCUUUGUCUCCUGCUUGGUCGUGCUGUGUUGGGUUCUAACGACGUGCCAGAAGUGAGACAACUGGCAGAAACCUUCACUCUAGUGCACGUGUCUAGAGAGACUGCUGUUGAGAUUGGAAAACUCCAUGCGCGCUCAGAGCUGUGGCUCAUUACAGACUCCGGCUGUCCUUGAAAACAGACUUUUAUUUUGGAGGAAGGGUUCUUGUGGUCUAAAGCAAGAUGAGACAUCGAGGACAAACCUGCAGACCUGAGUCAUAUUUCUGUUUUCACCAGAGAGUUUAGGUGUAGGACAGUGUGCUGUUCCUUCUGAUUGACUUAUGUGUGUGAGAAUAUAACCCGUGAUUAAUAAGAAGUAACUUUGUUACUGGCAACGUAUUCCAUGGAUUCCUCUGUUACCUUUAGCUGCUUUAUUUGAGUAAUUAACUUCUUAUAGAAUACCACUGUAAUAAGCAAUUUUUAAUUGCUGUUGCUUGGUUACUGGUGGGGAAUUACUCUUCUGGCCAGUACCGUGCUGGCUUUUUAACUGAGACAGAUGUUCCAAAGAGUGGAUAUUUUUUAGACUUACCUGUCCUCAAACAAUAGUAGUAAAAACUACAUUACGUUUACUAUUGAUUUUUCUAGGAGUGAGGGGAAAAAAUUGAAUAAAAGGAGUUUCCAGGAAAUAGAAUAUAAUGUUCCAGCACUUCGGUAUCAAGUCAUUUGAAGAAGUUGUAGCUGCUAUAAGAGUAUCACGUUAAAACAUUUUUUAUGUAAUCCCCAGAUGAAGGAAUUGGAAAAAACUCUUCUGUUAGUUUCCUUCCUGCAGGCAAAAAAGUUAUGUUCUUUCAGGAAGUUGAAAGGGAGCUGAAUUCCAUCUAGCACUUAACCUUGGGCUGCAGUGCUGUAUGUUGAUUGUAGUGUUGGCUGAAGGCUGAAUAACAGGAAGUCCAGAAGAGUUCAGCUUGCCUCACUAACAGUAAUGCAGUUGUAGUAUGACUGUGUGAUGCUGAACAGCUUCUGUAUUGCUGUGUAAGUUGUUUGAAAAUACACCUACGUUUUGUCAGAACGUGUAGAUGUGUCCUUAGGAAUAUACUGAAUUUGUCUCUUUAUUGUGGGCUUCAUGCCUUUGUGAAAAUUCUAGGCUCCUGUGUUGAUCUUAAACAUUUCCAUUUCAAGAGCCUGGUGGCUAUGACCGUGUCUGCCUUCCCAUCUUCUCUUAGUGCCUCGUGACUCAUCGCCAACCACGGCGGGAUCCAUCAAGCCCACGCUCUGCAGGGUCGUCAUCUACCUACAGAAAGAGAUGUCGGGGGACACGUGUCUAACCACCACCCUUUGCCCAGCUGUGGGACCCAAGCCUAAAACUUGCAGCUUCAAAGUCGGCAGCCUUGGUAACAAGUACGUGCGACUGAAUGUUGGGGGCUCCCUGUAUUACACUACAGUGCAAGUCCUGACCAGGCACGACACGAUGUUGAAGGCCAUGUUCAGCGGCAGAAUGGAAGUUCUCACAGAUAAGGAAGGCUGGAUCCUUAUAGACCGUUGUGGGAAGCACUUUGGAACCAUUUUAAACUAUCUCCGAGAUGACACAAUUGCACUUCCAAAACACAGACAGGAGAUCAAGGAGUUGAUGGCAGAAGCCAAGUAUUAUCUCAUUCAGGGCUUAGUUGAUAUGUGCCAAGCAGCUCUGCAGGACAAGAAAGACUUGUAUGAACCUGUCUGUAACAUCCCUAUUAUUACAUCUCCUAAAGAAGAAGAAAGACUGAUAGAAUCCUCAAUGAAACCCGUUGUUAAGCUGCUGUAUAAUAGAAGCAACAACAAAUAUUCUUACACCAGUAAUUCAGAUGACAACUUACUGAAGAACAUAGAACUGUUUGACAAACUUUCUCUCCGAUUCAAUGGCAGAGUUCUUUUCAUUAAGGAUGUCAUAGGUGAUGAAAUCUGCUGCUGGUCUUUCUAUGGACAGGGUCGGAAACUUGCUGAAGUCUGUUGUACCUCUAUAGUGUAUGCCACAGAGAAGAAGCAAACCAAGGUUGAAUUCCCUGAGGCACGUAUUUACGAGGAAACUCUAAACGUCUUACUGUAUGAAACACCACGAGUUCCUGAUAACUCUCUGCUGGAGGCAACCAGCAGGAGCCGAAGCCAGGCCUCUCAUAGCGAGGAUGAUGAUGGUUUUGAACUUCGUGACCGCGUGCGCCGAAUCCACGUGAAGAGAUACAGCACCUACGAUGACCGUCAGCUUGGCCACUAGCAUGUCGGUCGAGGAGAGAGGGGUUGGUUUCAGGGCUUGUAUCGAUAUUCUUUGACGGAGAUCAGGAAGUAGGGAGGGAUCAGUUGGACUCUGGACUGAUUUCAUUUGGCUUCUUGUCUCUCCAGAGAAGCAAAAGGGCAUUUAUGCACACAAAGCAACACUAAAGGCCAAGGGCUUUAAGGACUAAGAUGUUUGUUUUGCACCAUGUGCUUUAAACACAGACUGGCCCCUUUUUCAUGCAACAUGAGAAAUGGAUUCCAAAACACUGAUUGUGACCAUUUGUGGUUGCUCUUUUAUAUCUAAUGAUGUGUACAUAUCUUACUUCCUGUGGGAAGUAUUGCUUUUCCUGAAUGAGACGGAGGGAUUUGAAAGUAUUUUUUUCAGUUACCUCUCCUUUUAGGGUUUGAUGUAAUGGAACUUCCAGUUCUUAAAUCAAAAUACUGAAGAGGGAGUGGAAAGACCUCAAACAUGACUACUUCUAUGAAACACUACAACUGAUAACCCCUGGAGGAGACAGUUAGCUAUCCACUAGUAAGAUGCACUGCAUAUGUGGUUUCUUCCACCUAUUUUUCCUUUAUGCACAUACAGCAACUUGUGUUCCAGUGUAGUUGUAUGUAAAACUCAUUAAUUCUAAGGCAUGCUUUUCUGAGAAGUCAAAUUGUCAAAAAAAUCUCCCCCUGUGAAAAAUAAGAAAUAUCUGAAAAUUUAAAUACAUACAGAAUGACAUAUCAUGGGAGCUGGAAAAAAUAGAUAUGGUGAAGGAGUAAAGUUUAUCAAAUAAGAAAACUUUAACAAUAGACUGUGGUAGGGAUCGCAUUGUUCAGGACUUUGAUAGUGUGAUCCUGUUCAUCUAAACAAUGGCAACCUGUAGAAAUAUGUGAUUUUUUUUUUAUUAGUUUCCCCCCUUGGCCCAAAAGUGUUACUUGAUGUUAAAUUUCUCCAGCAACAGGGGAAAAAAACACAGUGGCUGGAAAAGUGCAAACUACACAGUUUUAAUGCUACAUAAUAUUAAUGUAGUGAAGAGUGAGUUUAAAUUUUGUGUUCUGAAUCACUUCUAGAGCAUAGAAGUUGAAGAAUAAUCAUAAAAACUUUGUUCUGGCACACAGGAGGCCUUGGACAGAGGAAAGAGAUGGUAAGCUGAAAUAUAAGCUUUAUUCUGAGUGCUUGAUUGGAUGCUAAUUUCAGAGGAGUGUUCAGAAGAUUGGAGUGCCAGCUGUUUUGCACAUUGGGUCUCUAGAAAAACUUUGAUGUUUAGUAUGAAAAGUUGCUAAUUUCUUUUUAACUGUUUGAUUGUAUGUUUCAAAUGUAGGUUGCAGAUUCAAAUUUUACCACUGUUACAAGAGGUUAUUAUUUGAAGGUUGCUCACUGACACGUAUGGACAUGUGUCAGUGGCUUAGCGCGCUCCACCACUGCUUUUAUUUCCUUAUAUUUUAUGUGAAGGUGGAAGCCUCAGAUUCCAUGAUGGUUAGUCUUGAACUCCUUUGACCAGUGCCAAAAUUACAUAGAAGUUUUAAAGCAAAUUAAUGCAAAAGCCAAAUAAAUGAAGUAAAGUCAUAACUAAAAUUAAGAGAGAUUAUUAAAAUAAAAAAGGGGGGGAGGGAACAAAACAGUGAUUUCCACUCAAUUAGGCUUUUGAAAAUGUAACUAUUGAGGCUUUGUAAAAUGACACUAAUGGCUGCAAAAUGUGGGAGGUUUAUUGCCUAACUGGGCCUCUACAUGAAAGGCACUUACUUUCCUCACAUUUGGGAAAUAAGUUGCCUUAGUAAUGAACUUUUCUUUUUAUAUUGCUUUCUUCUAGUUUUUUCUCAGCUGUUUUUUUUUUAUUAUUAUUUUGUGCCAGGAAAAAUACAUUUGCUGAGAUCAGUUUUCACUAAAACUUUUGUUUUUAAUUGUGAUAAAGUGUGGUGUGGAUUUUCUUUUUCAGUUGAUUUUUCUUCACUGAUACUAUUUAAAUUAAAUCAUGGUGGGUGCUUUGAAGCCACUGGUGGAGACUGUAGUGAAAUGGUCUUUUUUGCUUUACUUGAUAGCUUCAGUUUAGUCUCGUACUCUUUUGUUUUUCCAUUGUGUAACAAAUAAGUCUGCCAUUUAAAAAUUCAUAUGUAUGGCAUCUGUAUUUCUUGGCAAAUGAUUUUUUUUUUUUCAUGUUACUGUCACAGUGGAUGUUAGCAGAUUAAGUAAGUGACGUGGGUAGCUUUGCACAACUGUUCAGAGAAGUUAUGAGCAGAAAAAUGACAAAGUGUGAAAGACAGAGUGUCUGAUCAGUCUGCUGGUUCAGAUGCUUCGAUUGGUCGUUCACAUCUAUGCUCACAAUAUUCCUUAAGAGGACUGAUUCAUGUUGUGGAGUUCUUACUAUGCUGUAAGAAGCGGUGGGGGGAAAAAAAGCUUCUGCAUUGAUUCAGCCAGUUUUCUUUUCCUUGUAUCCCAUAGCAACAAUUAGUUUUGUCUAUUUAAAAGAGUUUUAAAACCAUGGUCUCGGUGUUUGUCCUGAUAAGGUUUUCAGGAUGUGGCUGAGAAGAUCCCAGGUGAAUAGCUGUGGCUGGAUUUCACUAACAGUCCAGUAGUUCCCUCCACUGGUGGACAGAUCAGGAAUUGGAAAGCAUCAGGAAAUUCACUGGUAGGCGUGUUCUGGGAUGUCUGCACACCACUAAAUGAUAGUGCUAGUAGAGAUUCCCAUCCUAGGCACAGCUGCUGUACUCAUUUUUCUGACAAAACCUGAAUGCCCUGGGUUGUUUCUUACAUAAUUGCAUAAUUUACAUGACAGCUCAGUAAUUGUAAAUGUAGACAUGGAUUCUGCCAUCACUUACAGAGUUCAAUGGUUAAACUUUUUUUUUUGUGCAAGUGGUACAAACUAAUUUAUUUUCUCUUAGGAAGAGUCCUGCUUAUCUGAAACUGUUCCAGGGUGGAAUGUUAACUGAAUGUUCUUUCCACCAAAAUCAUGACAGUACAAUCUGACUGCUAAGCUCUGGUAAUUUUUAACACUGCAGUUUUGACAUAAUGUGCACUUUGUAAUUCUCAUCAUAAUUUGCUUUCGAGGUAAAGGAUAUCAGUUUUGACUUACAUACAUAUUCCUACAUAUUUUUAUAACCUGGUAUAAUGGAAAAAAAGCAGCACUGAAAAGGGUGAUGCAGCAUUCACUUGUUUGCAGUAAGCUGACCCUUUCUAGAGCAAACAGCUGUGCUUCCUAAGAAUCUUUUCUGCUGGCUUUAAGUAUCACAUUAUCAUUUCUAAUUAUAUGCAUUUCUGUCUGCUAAUUAAGAGUAAUGGCUUCCUAUAUAGAAUAUCAACAUUGGAUGUAUUUACUGAUGUGACUGAAUUUAAAGUAGCCAUUAGGAGGAAGAAGUACCUCCUAGCCUCAUUUGUAACUUUACUUUCUUCGCUUCUGAAUUUAAGUGAACUUCUGUGCAUUCAAACAUUAUAUUAGCAGACUGAAAGAACGAAUGGAAAACAUUAACUGACAUUUAUACACAAGCAAAGUAAUAAAGUCUUACACGAUUCUCUAAUGGGGUCCUAAUAUAAUGAAAAACAACCUCAGCUUUUCUGCAGAGAAGGAGCCUCGGUGCCUUGAGUGAAUGUCUUAUGCUAAACAGUUCUUCAAUAUUGGUGUUAAUUAGGCAGUAAUGCCAAAAUAGAGAGCUCUGCAGGGCAGCAGCCUCCAACUGCUUGAUAAAUGCCAAGGCAAAAUUAAAUGCUUAACCUUCACUUUGACAUUUAGUUUUUGGAACAGGAAACAUCUAUCCUACUGUAACAUUCCAGUGACUUCACAUCUCUUACAAUUUUUGGUUAAAAAUUAAAAACAAACAAACAAAAAGACCUGACCCAAGCUUGGAGGGCAUUGAAAAGACUGAUAGUAUGGUAUUUCACUGCCUUCAGCCUGAAGCAGGCAAUGCUUUUCUUUUCUGUAUUUUAAAUUUUCAGACAUAAUUCAUUUUUAGAAAUGCUGGUGAAGUAUAAUUUAGAUUAUAACCUGUGACAAUCCUUGCUGUUAAACCUUUGUGGACAGAUUUCACAUUGUGCAUUGUUAGGACGACUGAAAUCCUGUUAAGAGAUGAGGGAACAUGACCUCUGUUUCCAGCUUUGCCACUAAUGUGGUGACACAGACUGCAAGUCAAUUUUUCUGCAUGUGAAUUUUUACUCAUCUGUAAUAAAAUGGGGUAAGACUCUCCCCUACUUCAGAGGGAUGUUGAAGCUUAGUUUGUUUCAUAACAACAGAGCACUUUGGAUUUCUACAUUUUGUAUUUGGAGGAUAGUAAAUGUGAUUGCUGUUUAAACUGAUGUUCUGCAAUCAAGGUGUUUUCUUAUGGCAUCAGGCUUAAUUUUCUUUUUGUCUAACUUUUAAAGGUCAGGCAUGAAUAAAAUAAUGCAGUUAACCGUAUUAACUAUUGAAUAAGGUGUUUUCUCUGUUAUCAACAAGAUAAAUAGAAUGCAGGUUUCUAAUAAAGCAUUAUAUUUUA